AUGUCAACCUUCCUGUCCCAUCAUAACCCUACAGUGUUUUGUCCCAAGGUGGGGGAAGGACUUCUCAGCAUCCCAAGAGCUAGCAAAGUCCCAGGGACAGUCAAGAACGUGAGGACCCACCGUCCCUGCAUGGCUUGCUUCGCACUCGUUCUGCUCCUACUCCUGUCGCUUCCUCCCACUUUUAAAACUGGGAGCCUCCGAUACCAUGGUCCUGGCUGGAAACUAUUGCACCGCCUGGGCAAGGGCUUCAGAAAUCCUUACCAAGAGCAUAUGAGGCAAAACGUGCCCCAGGACCAAUCGGGAGAUGAUUGUAAGAGUUCUUUCGACCUCUACCUUAUCCUGGACAAGUCAGGCAGUGUGGCCAAGAACUGGAUCUACAUUUAUUCAUUCGCAGAGGGUUUGGUGAAGAAAUUCACAAACCCUAACAUGCGACUCUCCAUCAUUACCUACUCAACAGAGGCUGACGUUGUCCUGCCACUCACCUCAGACAGAAAUGAAAUCCGCAAGAGCCUUCUCCUGCUUAAGAACACAGAGCCUCAAGGACUCACGCACAUGCAGAAAGGACUUUUAAAGGCAAACGAACAGAUCCAAAAAUCCGCCACAAGAGGCCACAGGGCAGUCAGCGUGAUUGUUGCUCUAACUGAUGGGCUAUUGCUGCUAAAGCCAUAUCUUGACACUAUGGAAGAGGCCAAAAAAUCCCGGAAAUUGGGAGCGAUCAUCUAUACCGUGGGUGUUUUUAUGUACAGCAAACAGCAGUUGGUGAAUAUUGCAAACAACCCAAAUAAUAAUUUUGGGGUCGACGGAGGCUUUGCUGCCCUGGAUAGUGUCAUUGACCCACUUGCGUCCAAGUCCUGUGCUGAAGUAGUAGCCAGGCAGCCUACCUACAUGUGUGUGAAAGACGCUUAUCAAGUAAACAUUAGCGGACAUGAGUUUGACAGCAUAAGCAACGUGAAGCAGGUUACUUGUAGAUUCACGUUCAGUGACUCCAAAGUCGUCGAUGAAACUCCCAGCGAUGUGAAUGAAAACAGUAUAACCUGUCCCGGACCAAGCAUACAACACGAGGGAGAGGACAUUUCUCUUCAAGUCAGUCUGAACGGUGGCACCUCCUUCAUUGGGAAGAAAGUCAUUAUAACCAAUACCAACUGCUGGAGCCCUAGGAAAGCACAAAGCCGCCCUGCGUUCAAAUGGUCCUGGCUGCUAUUCCUGCCAGCCUUGCUGGUGACCCUGCUCUUACUGUGCUGCACCUGGAGGUUUUGCAUAAAGCCUAAGGAGAAGCCACCAUUACCUCCCCAACAGUCAGAGAAGGAGCCAGAAGAAGAGAGCCCUCCUCCUACAUCACCUCCUGCUCCUGAUCCUGUCCCUGCUCCUUCUACUUCUGCUCCUUCUCCAGCCCCGUUGCCUGUCAACACAAACCCUACUGUGAUCGUGGCCUGCUGUGGCUGUGGAAACAGAGGGGUGCAGGAAAACCUGGACACAUGCUGUAACUACUUCCACCCAAGCUGCCACCAGAUGCCAUUGGUAUGGUGUCAUCCCAAAGCACAGGGAGGCUAUCCCAGCUUCGCUGUCGUGAAACCCAACUGCUCACAGGCCUCCUGCAGUCAAAAGUUCUGCCUUUGCUCCAGUCGGGAUUGUUUUCACGUCGCAGAACCAUCUUACCCUACAAGGAUUGUCCUUCAACCCAAAGAGGAGUAUCUCAAUGGCACACGGUCACGCUACAGCUCAAAGAUCCGCUUUCAAACCAGCCAAGAAAGUCCCCCGGCUGCACAGUCUAUGUACUCAAAGAUGUGCCCACCUCCCAAACAGGAGUGCUACACUUUCAAGUCCCCACAGCCCCCACGCCACAGGUAUACCAAGUCUCUCUCCAGGAUGUUACCUCUGCUCUCUCCCUAUACCCGACAAUCUGUAGACUCCUUUAGUCACACCUAUCCUUACCCCCCAAUCUCUAAAGGACCAAAAUUCUAA